AUGUGGAAGGCCUUGCUGAUCGAUAUUGGUGUCACUGCGCAGCUGGGCAGGAUGCCGGUGAGCAUGGUGGUGCCGCCGCGCUACGCGACGCUGCCGCUGCCGCCGGCGCACUACCCGCCGCCGCCCGCGCGCCUCUACUACCCGCUGCACGACGGUCGUCUCAGAAGACGACGGUCGCCGCGCGACCCGCGGCCGGAGCGGCGGCGGCGAGACGCGCGCGACCGCGACUCUCAGCUCACGCGCUCGCUCGAGCGCAUCCACCGCAAGCGGCGCGCCGACCGCGACCGCGUCUCCGACGCAGACCUCAAGCGCACCUACACCGGGCUCGACAGAGCGUACGCCGAGCAAUUCAUCGCGGUGUGCGACGAGAGCCGGCACGCGGCCGAGCAGCACGACUCGCUGGCCAGUACCACCACCGCCUCCAGCGACUCCACGCGCUAGCCUCAGCUCGGGCUUCACUGCGCGACCCAGCGGCAUUUACUAAAGCCUGGUCCGUGAGCACGUAGAAUUUUGUCCAAUGACCC